AUCAAAUUGCCUGGCAAGCAAGAGGCGAUCUUCCUCUGGGAAGAAUCAGGUGGCCUUUGUUUGCUGGAACAUUAUUAAUGAUUUAACUUGAAGUAUCACAUGGAGGCUCUCGGUUCUGUUUCACGCAGAUAAGCCUGGCAUAUUUUACAGAAAUGGAUCCAAGCAUGGAAGAACCAGAAGAUGAUAUGUUUAGCAAUGUUUCAUUAGGAGAAGAAGCCACAGCCUGGAACACUUCUCCUUGACUGUAUGUGAAGACCCACUGGCAGGAUUCCAUCCCAAAACAUAUUUUGGUGCAUUGCAGUUACGGUUGACUCCGCAAACCCCUUCUGCCAUGAUGAACACUGACAUGGAUGCUUUGGAUGUGGAAAAUCAGGUUGAACUAGAAGAAAAAACAAGACUGAUUAAUCAAGUUCUGGAGUUGCAGCACACGUUAGAAGAUCUCUCUGCGCGAGUUGAUGCCGUUAAAGAGGAAAACCUGAAACUGAAGUCUGAAAAUCAAGUCCUUGGACAAUAUAUUGAGAACCUCAUGUCGGCCUCCAGCGUUUUCCAGACUACAGACACCAAAAGCAAGCGGAAGUAGUCUCCUUUAUGUACACUGUGCUUUGUUCAAUUUGGUUUUUAUUUGUGGAAGAUUAGCAUAUAUAGGCCCAGAAAGCAUAGGAUGUAGAUCCCGUGAGGUACUAAUAGUAACGAUAUUGUGCCAGACAGUACUACUACUACUAAGAAAAGGGCAUGUGACGUCCGUAAUGUAACAAUGCAUUGGUUUUAAAAGCUAUCGGGACCAGGGAAUGUGCAUGCACGCCACUUAGGGAUGCGUUCAGCCAUCACCCAAGACAGAUCAUGUAUUACCCUGGAAAUGUUAUCACUGGAACCCACAAUUCUAAUUUCAUGAAGUUUGGUCAUCAUUUCUCACCUGGAUUGCUACUUAUGUUUUUUUAUCUCUUAUAGAGAAUGGUCAUGUUGUUAGCAUGACAUUUAUUUUGUCAAAGAUAGGUUUUGCUUGUCCA